AAAAAGAUUUUGUGUUUUUUGUUAAAUUUUGCAAAUUAAACAAAUUGUUUAUAUUAAUUUUUAUAACAAAAAAUUAAAGAUUGUAUUAUUAUUACUUCGACCAGCCGAAAGUUAAGCAAUUAAUAAAAAUUAAUUCAAAAUGUCUUUUACACUAGACAAUUACAAAUUAAGCUGUGAGCUUUUAGGUCACAGUAUGGAUGUACGUUCCAUAGCCACCGGAGCUACGCUGGCGGAAGGUGGUCAAAUGAUUAUUUCGGGUUCUAGAGAUAAAACGACCAAAUUGUGGAAACCUUUAGAUGAAGGCUACAUUGAAGCGGUUACACUGCAGGAUCAUAAAAACUUUGUAGCCUGUGUAUAUUACUGUGAACGUCAACGUUGGUUGUGUACGGGCAGUAAUGACGCCACUGUGUGCAUAUAUCAGGAGAAUAGCUUAUUACCCAUUUUAACCUUAAAAGGCCACGAGUCCACAGUCUGCUCCAUAGCAUCUGGUGUUGAACCUCAGAAUCUUAUUACCGGCAGUUGGGAUAAAACGGCACGUAUUUGGUCAAUUGAUCAAGAUGGUGGUAUUACUUUUGUAGAACUAAAAGGACAUGAAGCCGCCGUUUGGGCAGUGGCUUCAAUGCCAGAGAGUAAGAAGUAUAUAACAGGUUCAGCCGACAAGAAUAUAUUUUACUGGAAUAUCAAAGGCGAAAAGUUACGUAUGCUCAAAGGACACACUGAUUGCGUUAGAGGCAUAUUGCCCCUAAGCAAUGGUGGCCUAAUAUCAUGUGCCAAUGAUGCCAUUAUACGUGUGUGGAAUGAAGAUGGUGAAUGUGUACAGCAAAUGAGUGGUCAUACCAAUUAUAUUUAUGCUGUAGCUCAACAAAAAGCUUUAGCCCAAGAGUGUAUUGUAUCCUGUGGUGAGGAUAGCUCCUUGCGCAUGUGGAAUAUAAAUACCGGACAAGAAGUGGGAGCUGCUCUAAUACAUCCAGCUCAAUCUGUGUGGUCUGUAACAUGUUUAAGUAAUGGUGACAUUGCUACGGGCAGCAGUGAUGGUGUGGUAAGAGUAUUUACCAAAGAUCCUCAGCGUAUGGCCAGUGAAGCCGUACUAAAUGCCUAUCAAUUGGCUGUGGAAACUAGAAAGCAGCAAAUGUCCGAAGAACUAGGAGGUGUAAAAAAGACUGACCUGCCAGGACCGGAAGCUUUACUUACCAAUGGCACUCGUGAAGGUCAAACGAAAAUGGUUAGACAUGCUGAUGGUUCGGUUAAAUGUUAUAAUUGGGAAUUAGGUAAAUGGAAUUUAGUAGGUGAUGUUACCGGAGCUUCAGGCGGAUCUCAAGCUUCUUCGGGUAAAUCUUUAUACGAGGGCAAAGAAUAUGACUAUGUAUUCUCUGUGGAUAUAUCGGAUACAGAGCCUCCCUUAAAAUUGCCCUAUAAUCGUGGUGAAGAUCCUUGGCAUUCAGCUCAAGCCUUUAUACAUCGCAACAAUUUACCUCAGGUUUAUUUAGAUCAAGUGGCCAAUUUUAUUAUUAAAAAUUCUAAUAAUGCGCCAGUACAAGUUAACUCUACAACUGGUGCCUACCACGAUCCAUUUACUGGUGGCAAUCGUUAUGUACCCGGUUCGAGCAAUAGCAACUUCCAAUCAAUCGGUAAUGCUGAUCCAUUUACCGGAGGUUCAAGUUACACCACUGCCGCUGCUAAUCAACCAAAAGUCGAUGUCAAUUUUGUUAAAGGUUUACUUUUUAUAUUUUUGUUUAAUAAACUUUAUUUUUAUUCAUAUUGUUUUUCAGGCGAUAAACAUUUUCCCAUAAGCACAUAUUUAACUUUUGAUAAUUGUGAUCCUUCAAAAGUUUUGGAAAAGCUCAAAGAAUUUAACAAUAAACUGCCAGCAACCAACGAAAAAGUAUCUAAUAAUCUAUUAGAAUCUGUAAUAAGAUUAACCGAUGCUGCCCCAGACGUCGAUCAAACUGCUAUUGAAGCUUUGCAGAUACUACUAAGAUGGCCUAGUGAAUUACUAUUCCCCGUUAUCGACAUUGUUCGUCUGGCCGUACGCAGUGAAGCAGUGUUUUCUCUCCUAAAUUCUAUGAAUUUUCUAGAUGCUUUACUUCAACACUUAACCACUUCAGUUCCCAAUCAGUUAAUGAUUAUACGUUGUUUGGCCAAUAUAAUGAAACAUGAGGCGGGCAGACAACAGGUUGAUAAACGUUUGGCUCCCCUAAUUGAACACAUUAAUGGCAUAAAAUCAGGAAGCAAUAAUUUACAAAUUGCUAUUGCAACAUUCUAUUUAAAUCUAACCACAACUCAGACCACGUCAGUGGCAAAUGGUGAAAAGUGUCGCAUGGUCACUGAGGGUUUGGUUGAGUUUCUUAAAUGGGCCACCGAUUUGGAGGCCUGUUAUCGUUCCAUGCAGGCUAUAGGUAAUUUAACUACCACACCUUUUGGUCAAGAGGCCUCGGCGUUAGUCAUAUCAGUAGACUAUGUUAUGGACAAACUAAGAGAGUUAACGAAUACACCACAGGCUGGUGUCUAUGCUAAAAUCAAUUCUGCUGGUACAGCAUUAUUAGCAGCAUUCUAAGGGCUGCCAACUAUUUCCAUGAAAAGCUUUUUGAUAUUUUUCAUUUUUUUUUUUUCAAAUAAUCGUUUUAUGCCCAUAUUUAAACAUUAACAUUAUAUUAUAAUCAUCUUAUUAAAUUGGUUUAAUUAAAUAAAAAAAACAAAUAAAAAAUACA